AUGGCGAAAUUUGGAUACGCUGACCCGGGCAGGUCCGGUAGUGGAGAUUUCAACAAAGCUAUAAGACGUUUCCAAAAGUACUUUCAUCUUAAGAUGACUGGACAACUGGACGCGGAAACACAAACCGAAAUGCUGAAGCCUCGUUGUGGUAAUCCUGACGAGGUCGAUGACACUGGAAGAAGCGGCCCGCAAGCAUUUACAACUGGUUCCAAAUGGAGCAAGACAAGUUUAACGUAUCGCUUUCUACGAGAUUCGGAGGAUGUGAGCAGCUCUGUAAUGAAAGCGACUUUCACAAAGGCGUUUGCAUACUGGAGUGCAGUGACACCCCUUAGAUUUCGGGAAGUAACAAGCGGAAGGAGUGAUUUUACAAUCAGGUAAGUCGAAAUUUAUUUGUAUUAUCGUGUACAUACGAUAAAUGACAUUAUACCUCAGACUCGUAUCCAGUAUAUGUAUGUAUUAAUUGGGACGAGUCAGAUUAUAUACCCCACGAUCCAUGAAGAGUAAAUAAACCAUGGGGAACAUCACUAAAAAUUACAACUGACGUGUGUGAGGAGAAUGACAUGCUUUAACUCCUGUUUUGGGGCGGGGACCAUUUAUAAUUUUUUAAAGUCAAUUCAUGUUGCGAGAAUGAUGGUUAAUUUUUUUAAAUUCAGAAAUAUUAAUAUUGGAAGUGACUUACAAACUCACAAUCUGCCGCCUUGAUAUCGUGCCCAACCUUAAACUUACUGUAUAUGUAUUCUGGCUUUCCAGGUUUGUAAGAUGAAGAUUAUAGCGUCAAUGGAGAUAACGUAAACGGACAACCUGGAAUUGAUCUGCUGGCCGUGGCUGUACACGAAAUUGGACAUGCGAUUGGCUUACACCACUCAAAUGUCAGAGGAUCUAUCAUGUGGCCUAGUUAUAAUGGAUAUGACCCGAACCUCAAACUGCAUAGUGAUGAUAUCAGUGGUGCGCAGUCCUUAUAUGGUAUGUAAGUAUUUUGGAAGGUAGUUUUACUGAGCCUAGUUGGAAUAGGAUAACGGUUAUUUUUCCUAACGAAAUGACAGGAAUAAGGUUUUAGGAGAAGUCUCGAUACGCGAGAUGUGACAAAAUAUACGAAAAAUGUGCGAGUUUAUUCCGAGAUAGCAAGAAAAUUUGAGCACUCUUCACCCAACAUGAAUCUGUUUAGUGUUCCUAACAUAUAGUGGGGUGAGGCUGUUAAUCUAUAAACAAAAAAACACGAUGGCUGUUAAAAAACAAUUUAACCGAUGUUCGCUUAGCACAAAAAAGCCAUUUUAUAUAUUUCCACACAAUCAAAUAAAACGUGUACAUCGUGACACUGGCAUGUUAAGUUCUUUAUUGGUUUGGCUUUGCGUUGCAGUUUCACAAAGAAAUCUCAUGUGUGGUAGUGCCAUAACAUAGUAGAUACCUUGGUUCCAGAGGCGCUUAGCGAGGCGAAACAAACGAGAGGCGAGAAGAAAGAGCCUCUGGUCACAUCGGUUGCGAAUCACCGCGGUUUGACAUAUUUUUUACAAAUGGCCAAUCACAUGAGAGAUUCAAGUUCUGAACCUAAUCAAGUGUGAUUUGCAACCGAUGUGACCAGCGGCUCUUCCUUCACGCCUCGCGUUUCUUUCGCCUCGCAAAGAGCCUCUGGAACCAGGGUAUUAAGUGGACUAAACGAAAGAGAAUUCUGAGUAGCAUCGUGUGCAUAUUUUCAAGUGUAUUUUACAAUGUGCCACAAUAAAAACGACUCACUUGGUUUUUUCAGCCGAUUUUUUGUUUUUUUGAUAAGAACCGUCUCACCCUAACAUAUAGCAUUAAUAUUACUCAAGCAGUCAGGUCUGCCUUCAAAGGCUAGCUAACAUCAUUAUUUCUUAUUUUCAGGUCGUAAUACAAGUCGCAAUACACGUAGCAAUACAGGUCGUAAUAUAGGUCGUAUAAGUGGUGGAGGUAUUUAUUAUUUUUUCACUCUUUCUCUUAUAUUAGAGACUCGUCCUGUCUGUCUACUCUAGACACAGGCAGGGGCGUAGCCAGACCCAAACAAGUGGGAGGGGGGGGAUCCUAUCGUCAAAUGCACAGAACAACUAUGUGGUUCGGCCGUCUGGGGGGCAAGGUUCCCCGAAAAAUAUGUCUAUUUUAGGGGCUGCGAAACGCUAUUUCAUGCAUUUUAAAGCCAGAGAUUUGGUAUAUUUUAUGUCAUAGAUGAAAGCAUUAUGCCGCGCUCAAAAGCAAAACUUAAAGACAUGAACUGGAUUUUUACUCUGUCGCUAGCUCUAGGCCCUCAGUUCGGAGGCACAUCAAAAGAGAGGAACAUUUAGUAUUUCAACCAAGCUAACUUUCUCCGUGAUCUUAACGGUUCACUGAUUUCUCUGAAUUAUCCAAGCUUACGUUUCGUUGCUCCAAGAAGCUUCUAGCUAGUAUUUAUUUCGCAACUGCUCCAGGUCAGGUCUUCUUUUCCAUUCCUGAAGAUUCUUCAACAGAAGUUGUAAUUGGUCGAAUCCUUUUGAUAUUUUCAGGAUCAUCGUGUGCUGACAAGAAUACAAAUUGUUCGUCUUGGCGAUCCAGCGGUUAUUGUCGUGGAAGGUUUGCGAUGUACAUGAAGGAAAAUUGUCCAAAAUCUUGUCGACAUUGCUGA